AUGAAUGAAAAUAAUAUACUUAAUGAAAAUAGAAGAGAAUCAUUAAGUUCAACUAAUUAAACAGUUGAUACUCCAACUUAUGAGUUGAUGGAUUCCGAAGCUUUUCAAUAAUUACUUAUACAAGAGAUAGUUGAAGUAAAGAGGAAGAAAAUAAUAAUAGAUAGAGAUGUUUUGAUUUAAUAGGUCUUGAAAUUAAGUGGCAUAGAGUCUAUCAUUCAAUUUAAGGAAGGUAGUUUGAUAUUUGAAGGCAUAACUAUUGAUUCUAUUUUUGAUGAAGAAUGUAGUAUUUAAGGAUUUCAAAUAGAAGUGUUUUAGAUUUCUCCUUGCAUAAGAGUGCAUUGCAGAAACUUAAUGAUUAUGGCAUGUAGUGUUGACAACUUUUAAAAUAGAGGAAUGUUUAUAAAAUUUGAUAACUCAUUAAUCAUAAAUGAUACUACUAUGAAUGGAUUUCAGGUAUUAUUGGGUUGUGAGGGCAAUGGGACUAAAUUGAGUAUAAAUCAUUCAAUUAUACAGAGUGAUUGGUAAUAAUAAUAAUCAGUAUUGAUUCAUGGAGAUAAUCUAGUAGAAUUUGUGAUGGAAAUAACAAAUUCAAUAAUUGAAGGUAGUUCAGUCAUCAUAACAAAUAGUAAGAAUGUAGAAGUUAGAAUAUAAGAUAAUGAAUUUAAAAAUCAAUAAAUUUCAAUUUCUUUUGAAAAUCUAUAGAAUAAAUCAAUAGUAAUUGAGAAGAAUGUAUUUUUUCGUUCAAUAGAUUAUGCAAUAAAGAUGAAUAAUAUUGUGGUUGACAAAUUAUAAUUAAUAAAAAAUACAAUAUCUAAAUGUAGGAUUGGACUAUUUUUGUAGAAUGUGAUUGAAUUUUGUCCAUUAGUUAAACAAAUCAAACCUAUAUGUCUUAAAUAAAAUGUAAUAACAAAUAUGGAAUAAACAGCCAUCAUAAUAAGAGAAGUUGUUUGUAUGGAAAUAGAUGAAAUUAAUAUUUAAGACAAUACUAUUGGAAUGGACAUUGAUAUAAGCACUAACAAGAUGCCUGAAUAAAAUACUAUAAAUCCUUUUAUAAUCUCUAUUAAGAAUUCAACUAUUAGUUCUAAUCGUAUUCAUGGUAUCUUUAUAAACAGUAAUUUAUCAUACAACCCAAUUAAUCUCCAGAUUUCUAAAAGUGCCUUCUACUCUAAUUGUAACGCAUUGAAUCUCUCACAUUAAGGGGUAUCGCAUGAUAAAAGUAAAACCUAUAAUAUUAAAUAGUUUUCAAGAUCAAUAUUUAUAGUUCCCAAUUCCAAGAUAACAACUUUUCUAACUAAAACUCUAAUUAUGAACUCAAUAUAAAUAAUACUAACAUUAUAGUAAAAUAAUCUAAAUAAUUUGAUAGCACAAUAAACAACUCUUCAUUAAUUCCAGGUCAAAAACCUGUCUAAUUAUGUGA